UUGGUAAUGUUGGUUGUGGAGACGAUGAAGGUGGCGCUGGUGCUGGUUAUUAUGCUUAUGUUGAAUUGUAGCGAUUUUGAUUGAUGAAGAACCAUAAUACAAGCCAGGAGUGAGAGGGACGGAGAGAAACAGAGGAAAUGUUUAGGCUGCACAAGAACAGGCUUUCUAAAUCAGAAGACAAGCUUGAAUUCAAGUUCUCGCAUUUCAAGGCCCUCGAGGUACCCAAGGGCUGGGACAAGCUGUUCAUUUCUAUUAUCUCCAGAGAAAAUGGUAAAACAGUUGCAAAGUCGGGCAAAGCAAUCGUUCGCAAUGGAAGUUGUCAAUGGACAGAUACCAUUUCACAUUCUAUAUCGGUUUCACGGGAUGAUUCUUCGAAGGAGAUUGAAGAUUGUCUUCUCAAACUCCUUGUUUCCACGGGAUCAUCAAGAUCCAGCAUUCUUGGAGAGGCUACAGUUGAUAUGGCCAGCUAUUUGAGUUCAACUGAGGCUAUUCCGCUUUCAAUUCCGCUGAACAAGUGCAAUCAUGGGACAUUUUUACAUGUUACUGUUCAGUGCCUCACGCCUAGAACAAAAUUCAGGGAUCAGGAAUCAAGACAGACAAAUUCCCAUAUCAACGAUCAGAAUGCAAAGAAUCAUAAUGUGGCCGUCAAGUCAAAUGUAUCUGAUUGUUCAUAUGUAGAGAGCUCUGAAUCUUCCUCUAUAAAAGCUUUGGACUCUACCUCAUCCCUUGGAGAACUUGAGAGUAGGGAAACAAAUUUCUCUGGUUCUGGUUCGCAUUGCAGCUAUAACUCGACAGAGGGAUCUAUAGGAAGGGGAAACUUCUCCCCUAGUAUUGAUUCAAGGGAUGAUGAACAGAGCCUAGGUGGAAGACAAGAUUCAACCGGUUCCCUUAAAAGUGUAUCUGACUGCAAUUAUCGUGCUCAUAAUUUCUCUCAAUCAAAUCAUUCAUCAUCAAAUUCCCAGAUGACAAAGUUAGGGAAUUUGUCUUCUACGCAAGUGGUUGGAGCAUCAUCUAUGAGUAUGACUACUUCUAAUAGUCGUCAGGAAGGUGCUGAAGAGUCAACUGAAGAGCUUCGAGCAGAAGCUAAGAUGUGGGAGAUGAAUGCUCGGAAGCUGAUGGUUGAUUUGGAAACGUUGAGGACUGAAUUUUCUGAUCAGUCCAAAAACCUGGCGAACAUGGGAAGGGAGCUUUCAGCAGCACACGCAGAACGGGAUAAUUUGGAAACUGAAAUUGAGAAACUGAAAUUGUCCUUGGAACAUGCAUUAGCGAAUCAGAAAGCAUUUGAAGUUUCAAAUUGUCAAGGUGAAUAUAUUCCAGAAAAUGAAAGGGCACUAAAGAAUGAAUUGGAGUUUCAGAAAGAGUCCAACGCCAACUUGUCUUUACAACUGGAAAAGAGCCAAGAAGCAAACAUUCACCUGGUUUCUAUUCUUCAGGAACUGGAAGGGACCAUAGAACAGCAGAAAGUGGAGAUAGAAAACCUCUCAGCAUUACCUUCAAAAUUCAGUGAUGUAGAGAACGCUUUCCAACAAAGCAUAGAAGGAAACAGGAGCCUGAGGCUUCAGUUAGAACAAAUGGAGGAGUCAAAGAAUGACCUCCUGAUCAAGGUACAGCAGCUGGAACUGGUGUUGGAGGAAAAACGACAUGACAUAGAAACUGCAAAAUGUCCAGAUCACAAAAUCUUCUCAGAUAUGAAAGAGGAAUAUGAAAGAAAAUUAUCUGCUAAAGAGGAAGAAAUUUUAUGUUUGAAAACAAAGUCGCUUAAGUCUCUACCGGACAGAUUUAAUGCAGAGACCGAAUCCAGAAAUGCGGAUGAUGCAGAUCUUAGAAGAGAAAUUGAAAUAUUGAAAGAGAAACUGCAGGAGCUUGAGGCAGACUGCAAUGAGCUUACAAAUGAAAACCUUGACCUCAUAUUCAAGCUUAAAGAAGCACAGAAAGAAUUGCGAAAAGGAGGUACAUCUGAAGAUUUUUCUCCUAAGAAGCUCUUAGAUCAAUGUUUUAUUAGCUCUGAGCCAGAUGUCAAUAACAAAGUAUUUCCGAUGCUCCAUUUAGAAGAUGUCUCACAGGAGAAAGUCAUUGGACAGGUUGAUAAUUCAACUGAAGAAUUGGAGAGUUUGAAAAUAGUUCUGGAAGCAAGAAUCACAGAAUUGAAUAAGAAAGCAAUAGAUAAAGCUUCUGAAAUAGAAAAUCUUGAGGCUAACUUGUCAUCUAAGGAAAAGGAAAUUGGAGUCCUGCAGAAGUGCCAGAGUGAAUUGGAAGCUAAGGUUUGUCAUCUUCAAGAUGACAAAAGUCAACUAGAGGAACACGUGGAGUUCAUGCUAAAAGAAAGAGAUCUCAUCUUUAAAUGCUUGUAUCAUUUACAAAGUGAUCUGGCAACUCUUAGUGGGGGCAUAGACUCCCAUAUUUCUACCAAAGAGAUUUUUGAAAAAGAGCCAGCAGAGCUAGAAAAUGGAAAACAUGAACUGGAGCUCAACACAUCAGAGAUAGAACAAGUAAAAGAACAACUGUCACUGUACGUGUCCGUUUUAGAAGCUCAAUUGAGAGAUUUGAAAAAUGAUCGAGAGUCCAUUCUGUCAGAACUAAGGAGCUCUAGAUCUCAUGCAGCAACGCUUCAAGGGAAGAUUAUGAAGAUAAAGUCAGAGAUGGAUUUUUCAAAAGAAGACAUGACACGAAGAUUAAAGGAGAUACAAUUUCAGUGGUCAGAAGCUCACCGAGAGUGUGAAUAUCUUAGAAGAGAGAAUCAGCGGUUACAAGCAGAAAUCGAGAAUCUUUCCAAAGAAUGCAGUUCUCUGCGGAAAUCUAAUGGAGAUUUGGAAGGGCAAGAGCUGGAGUUCAAGGAGCAUUUUUCCAUCAUGGGAAUCAGAUUGAGGCAAUCAGACCAAAGAUUUGCAGAAUGUUUGGAAAGAGUUGAGCUCUUAGAAAAGAAAUUUACUGUGUUGUUGGAAGAUAGCACAUCAACCGAGAAGAGUAUUACUUCAGAAUUAGAUGUGCUUCUUGGGGAAAGUGGAAUUCAUAGGGAGAAGGAGCAAAGCUUGUUGAAUCAAUUGCAUAUGGAGACGACUGUAGAAAUUCGGAACCUUCAACAAGAAAUUGAGCAUCUGAGCAUGAAACUUUCAGCAAUGCAUGACGAAAAAGAGGGAAUAGUUUCCAACGCUUUGCUUGAAAUAUCUGCAUUACAUGCCGGGAAAGCCAAACUGGAAUCUGAUUUAGAGGAAGUUCAAUCUAAAGUACUUUCAUCUAAGAACGAGGCUAAUCUUAUGCAGAAAGAAUAUGCAAGAAGGCUGCAAGACCUAACAACUGAGCUUGGUGCUUCCAAAAUUAACCAGGAAAUGCUGAUGUCUGACCAUGAAGAGCUUUUGAAGCUUGUGGAGGAUUACAAGUCAAGAGAACUAAAAGUCAAAAGCACCAUGGAUACCCUUGAAUUGAAGCUUAAAGUCGCUGAAUGUGAGAGACAACAACUCUUGGAGGAGACUAAAAAUUUAAGGAUCGAAUUGCAGCAGAUAGAUCAAUUUAAAAAUGAGAUUAUAGUGCUCAAGAAGGACCUCGAUUCAACCAGUUCAGAGAAAGAGAAACUAGAAGCAUCAUUGCAUGUGACAUCUGAACUUUGUGAAAAUCUGAAGGCAGAGGUGAAUUUGUUUGCAACAAAGACCUCAGCCAUGGAAAAGGAAUUAUCUGAAUUGGAAGACUGUAAAAGAAGUAGAGCAACCCUAGAAGAAAGGCUUGUGCAGAUGGAGAGUGAUUUAAAGACGAAAGAAACAUUAUUUGGCCAGAUUACUGAGCAAAAGAACGAGCUCAAUCAAAUUAAAAGGAUAAACAGGCAGUAUCAACAAACCAUACAAGGACUUGAGCAGGAAAAGUCGAGUUUCAGACAAAAUCCCGAGCCUUUGAAGAAGAACUGAAACUGAUAAAGGAACAGAAGCGAAAUCAAACGCCCAAGAUGAAUAGGAAAGCUGUACCUGGUCCUGAAGAUCCGAAGAUUUUAAAAAAUCCAAUGGUGAAGAACUCAAGCCAGCAUCGCAGUAAUAGGAAAAAGCCCUUAUCUAAGAAUGACAGAGAAACUGUGAAAAAUCAACAGGACAUUUACAGUAGCAGGCAUCAGAGUGAGGUGGAAAUUGAUAAUGGACUUCAUGAUGAAAGUGUUCAUGUGGUCGAAGUAGAUCCAGAGUCAAGGAUUCAGUUGCUUGAGGCUGAACUA